GACCGCGCCGCUGGGAUCCAUCAGUGACCUCAUGACGAAGCCUUCUGAUGCCAACGGACAAUUGCAAGUUGCCGCAGCCCCGUCAGCCUGACGAUGCAUCAAUGCUGCCUUGAUUGGCUGCUGUGAACGUCCUCGGGACCAGUUGCAAAUAAAAGCUUUAUGGCUUCGUUCCCCUCUUCGCAAAGUUCGUCUCAGUGUAACCAAAAAGGCCAGUCCGUUCCAUUUCUCAGAGACAUUUUCUCCCUUAACAGCUCAUUUCCCUUUGCGCCCCCCCCCCCCCCCCGUGUCUAAUCGCGAAAACUGUCAUCUCAUCAUCCCUUAUCACAACAACUUGAUCCUCAAACACAUCGCAACUUCGGAUCGCACAGGACUCUUGUCACCUGAGCUCAGAACCAAAAUGGCCAAACAUCACCUGCAACGGCUGGAAUCGCCGUCUCGUUCAGUCUCCUUGGUGCUGCACAUUGCCGGCAUCCUCUCGUUUCUUGCUUCGUUCAACUUCUUGAGCGGGCUCACUCAUGACAUCUCCAUGGGCUUCGGAGGGAACUACCAGCACCUCACCAACAUCGGUUUGAUUCUGUCCUUUGUGACGUUCACAACAGGAUUGCUGGCCGACAUCACGUUGAACCCUUCGCUGUUUGCUGUCAAGAACGCUUUGUCAAUCACGGCGGCACCGUUGGAAGUACUCAUCAGCAUCCUGUACUGGGGAAUUCGGUCCAUCGACAAGCGGUUGUUGAUACCGGAAGGGUUCGAGCUCCAUUGGUUGCCAGACGUCGGUUUUCAUCUGGUCCCAGCUGUCGUCCUAUCUCUCGACCUCAUCCUGUUCAGCCCCCCAUGGACGAUUCGUGCGUACUCGGCCAUGUCAAUCAGCAUGAUUUUUGCAUUCUUGUACUGGGGCUGGGUUGAGUUGUGCUUCAGUAAGAACGGAUGGUACCCCUAUCCUAUCUUUGACGUCCUCAACACUGUACAGCGAGUUGGAUUGUUCACAUUCUCUGCGGCAUUGAUGACGGCUAGCACGAGCCUCCUGAAAUGGGUGUAUGGGCGAUUCAAUGGCUACGAACAGAUGGAGAAGGACGCUUACAAGCCCCUGAAAAAGACGCUCUAGGUAGAGCGGUCUUGGAUGCGGCUGCGAAACGGUUAUUGGACGACUGAUUGAUUUUAGAGUAUCGCCGACAUCGGUAUCAUCAGGCGUAGGACGACUAAGUAGAGUAGGUUGAAUAUGGCUAGAAGUGCUAUGGUUUGAUUC